UUGCUAACGGAAUGCCGCAGAUGGCUGGUUCAGAGAGAUCUCUGAUAUGUGGCCGGGUAAGUCGAGGAUGGCAAGCUGGGUUGUCCUGUACAACAUAUCAGCACAAGAGGCGGACCUGAGAAAAGGGGUUCACGCAUUCUAACGUGGCUCCGGCGCCGUCUACAUAGGUCAGGCUAUGACCCUGAGGGUGAAGAAGGUGCUGCACCACGAGAAGAGCAAGUACCAGGACGUGCUCAUUUUCGAGUCCACCGACUACGGCACUGUCCUCGUCCUCGACAACGUCAUCCAGUGCACCGAGCGCGACGAGUUCUCCUACCAGGAGAUGAUCACUCACCUAGCCAUGAACUCCCACCCCGACCCCAAGAAGGUGCUGGUAAUUGGGGGCGGCGACGGAGGCGUCCUGCGCGAGGUCGUCAAGCACGAGUGCCUCGAGGAGGCCGUCCUCUGCGACAUUGACGAGGCCGUCAUUCGCCUAUCCAAGCAGUAUCUGCCCGGCAUGGCAGAGGGCUUCAAGCACCCCAAGGUCAAGGUGCACGUCGGAGACGGCUUCAAGUUCUUGGACGACUACAAGAAUGCCUUCGACGUCAUCAUCACCGAUUCGUCCGACCCGGAGGGCCCCGCCGAGAGCCUGUUCCAGAAGUCCUACUUCCAGCUGCUGUACGGUGCUCUGCGACCUGGCGGCGUUAUCACCACACAAGCCGAGAACCAGUGGCUGCACUUGCCGCUGAUCGCAAAACUAAAGAAGGACUGCGGUGAGGUCUUCCCCGUGGCCGAGUACGCGUACACGACCAUCCCGACGUACCCGUCCGGCCAGAUCGGCUUCAUGGUCUGCUGCAAGGAGGCCGGCCGCAACGUGCGCACCCCGCUGCGCACCUGGUCCCCCGAGGAAGAGGCCCGGCUCUGCCGCUACUACAACGCCGAGAUCCACAAGGCUAGCUUCGUCCUACCCACGUUCGCCGCCCAGGCGCUGCAAUAAGCCGAGGCGGAGGCGGGAGCGCGAGCGCGGAUACGAAAGGAUAACAACAAAGGGUAAUAUGGUAAAGGGAGUAUCUGGUGGAGAGGGUGAGGCAAUGUUAUGUCUUGAUUCUCGUUCUGGAUUCAGCCGCCCCCCUCCCCGAACUAUGAAUAGGAGAAAUACACCACAGCUGUCGCUGCUGAUCUCGACGAUCUAUCUCUCCACGCGUUCCCUACCUUUUCUUUUAUGUUUUUGCAUGUUUUUGCCAUGCGGCGCAUAUUAUGGUAGGUAUAAGGGGCAGGCGUAUCACCGGGUUAGUU